AUGGAUUUCAAUACCAAUUUAAACGAUUUGUCUGAUCGUGCAAAGGAUGUUGACCCUGAUAUUCGGUUCAUGGCUGUCAGCGACAUUGAUAAGAUGCUCUGUGGCCACAAAAAUCAAUUGGCGAGCAACAGCUACAAAUUGAAGAAUGUCGCCAUUUUGUUAUGUCAAUUAUUGCAAGAUUCUAACCCAGAUGUCCAAAAUCAAGCGGUCAAAACAUUUCAAUCUCUUGGGGCUGUAUUUAAUGAAUCCCAUAUUCAUUUGCUUGAUGUCACUAUCGGUACUGUUUUUGACAUGGUUCAAAAAGACCAAAGCACAAGAAAAGAUAAUGAAAUGGUGAUGGCAAGCUCCAAUUAUACUAUGGCGUUAAGAUAUUUCAUCCAGAAUUUGAAUUAUUCGAAACAGAGUGCUGCUGAAGCAGUUGUUAGCAGAAUCUUCCCAUCUAUUGUCAAUAAUCAUACCCAAGUAAUCCAAUCAUUGGAUUACAUUGAGAUUUUGUCUGAUUUGAUUAAAUAUAAUGGCUUUGCGCUUGAUGGUCCUAGAAUUAAACAAGCAUUGAUCUUGUUGAUUAACUCCUCAUAUAAAUGUUACGGUAUUUUGAGUACUAAGUCAAUCAGUACCCUUUCUUUGUUGAUGAGCUACUCCACAACUGCUGCCCAGGCUGAAAAUAUUGUGGACCGGGCUUUCUUGGACGCUGGAGGAAUACAAUCUAUCAACCCAAGUUUAGAUCAAUUCCAGCUUGAAACUGUCAGAUUGAAUAUAAUGCUUAACCUCAGCAAGACCAAAAAUUCUGAGAAAUUUGUUUCAAGAUUUGAUUCCAUCUUUGAGGUUUUAAAAGAUGACUUAUUCUUGGAUAGGUUUGAAGAUGUUGAAAUGGAUGACGAAGAUAAUGAAAUCAAUGAUGAUAUAGCGAAAUUUGAUGAACUUAGAGAUGUUUCCUUAAGUUGCAUUGAGAACCUUCUCAGCUUAUUUUAUAAGAACUUUAAUAACCACAAUGAGAGCAUCUUAGCCAUCACCAAGCUUUUUUUAAAGUAUGAUCCAUUCAAUUUUGGGGAUGAUGAUGACGAGGAGGAGGAGGCUGAUACUAUGGAUGAAGACGAAGAUGAAAUCGAUUUCUCUGAUGAUGAUGAGUAUGAAGAUGAUGGCGGUAAUGAUGAUAUCAGUUGGAGAUUGAGAAAACAGUCAGCUAAAUUGAUUGGCAUUUUGGUGAAAAAGUCCAGGGGUGUAAUUUUACAUGCUUUGUUUGAUGAGCGUCACUUUGAUUUGUUAGUUACCAAAUUGAAUGAUAGUAAUGAUCUUGUCGUGAGUGAAGUUUUGUGUACCUUAACCAUUAUUAUUCAACAAAUUCAUGAGCUUGGAGAUUCUGAUAAAGAGCUUUAUGGAAAACUAAUCAACAAGCUUGAGUAUGUGGUUAAGUCAAUCACCAAGAACUUGGCCAAAUCCAAGAAUGUUAAUUCGUUGAACAAUUACUUGAGUUUUGUAUCCAAACUACUUGACGUUUCCAAAUCUUAUUUCACUUCAAACUUUAUCUUGUCGAUUUUAUCCGCCAUUCAGUCAUUCAAGGCCUCCAGCGCUUCUAAUUUCCAGCUUGAUACUGAUUUAAUUGAUCUCUAUACUGGUCUUUUCCAGCAACACAACUUGGUUGGCUUGAAAUCUAAAUUAGACUCUAUUAUUUCCGACUUGGUGGUCGGGAUAUCUAGUAACGCUCGUAAUGCUUCAUUGGCUUCCAUUAACUCCUCGAUAUAUUUGGUUCAAAAUAUGACAAAGCAUCAUAUUGAUUACUCAGAAUUUCCAAGCUUCAACUCGGUUUUAUCCUUGGCUAUCGAAAAAUCAGGCUCAAAGAAAUUCGAUUCAGAAUUAAGAGAAAAAUGUUCCACAUUUCUAAUUGCAGUUUAUAAGGGGUUUAGAUUGGAUGAUUCAAGUAUUUCGGAACAAAUUUUGGCUGUCAUAAAAACAAAUUUGACUUAUGAUUCUUUAAGCGAACCUACUCUUGUCAGUAUUGGUAAAUUAUUUGGUUUUGAUGUUACUGUGAAUGAUAUCCCUCUGUAUUGGUUGGUCGAAGUUAUUGACAUAUCGUUGAAAUUUAUUUCCAGCAAUAAUCAAGUAAAUCAACCGAGUCUCCAUAAAGAGGCAUUAGAAUUGAUUGUUAAAAUUAUCAAGAGCUCUCAACUUGAAAAUAAGUUGGAUCAUGACAUUUACGUGAGGAUUAUUGAAUCCUUAAUACUGAAACAGUUUAUCGACAUCAAACAAUAUGAAAAUAAAUUGCUUGCUAUUGGAAUUUUGCUAUCAAAGAUUACUCAGUGCAAUAUUUCACUAGUGGAACAAAUUGUGAUGUUAAUUCAAGACGGUAUUUCUUCAAAGAUUGAAGAUGACUACCCAUUAAUUUUGAUCACCAAGCACCUUACUCACAAAGUAGAUGGUGAGAAACUAUACGAUGAAUUAUUUAAUAAGGACUCUUUUGAUAAGCCUAUAUUGUCCCCAGCCAUCUUGUCUACAGUGGUUGUUGAAAGUCACUUACAUCACAAAAUUGCGGAAUUUGAGAAAUUAUUGAUGUGUGGAGUGAGCGAUGAAAAGCAAUUGAUUUUUAUUUUGAAUUUCUUGGGUAAUGUUUCGAAGUUUAAGAAAUUGGAAAUUGAGUUGAGUGUUUUCCUCGAAUUGCUCAGAACUUAUCAAAGCAAUGAAACCGUCAAAUUGACAAUUGCUGGGAACAUUGGGAAGUUCAUUUCUAGAGACAUUAAUUCAUACUUACCACAUAUUCUCAAGAGCUUGAAAAGCGCUAGUGAAAAUGAAGCCGAAGAAACUAAGUCUUUAAGAUAUUGCUUAUUAUUAGCUCUCAGACAAGAAUUGGACAUUAAGUAUCGUGAUUUUGAGCAUAACAGACUUAAUUCCAAGGCUCAUAAUAAUAUUGUUAAUGAGUCCAGUGCUUCAAGUAUUUGGAAAGUGGUGGAGGAAAUUGAGUCAAAGGAGGAAUUGAGCGUGACUGAGUUAGGAGUUGCUUCUGAGAUUUUGACCCUCAUUGUAUUAGCUAGAGAAGAUUUCAUUGGCAAUUUCCAAAGAUAUUUGGAUGCCGAAGAAGCUCAAUGGAAUUACUUGUCGAUGAACUAUUUAUUACUUAGUGCUAUCAAGCAAUUAAUCAGUCAAGAAUAUUUCAGUGAUGACACCAAGAAGCAAUUCUUGAGGGGCGAUAACUUUGUGAGGUUCGUAAACCUGUGCUUGAAUUCCAGUUCUCUUGAUCUCAAACAGAUGUCAUUGAACUUACUAUUGAGUGUUUUCCGGAUUGAUUUUGAUGAAUACUUUAAUCGCAGAAUCAUUCAAACCAAUAUUUUGAUGAAUAUUUUGGUCGAAUUGAAACCAAGAACUGAGUUCAUUAAAAAAAUUCAAAUUGGUCCAUUUAAAACAAAGAUUGAUGAUGGGAUUGAGUUGAGAAAGUCAGUGUAUGAAUUACUUUUUGCUAUUUUGGGCAAUGAUUUGUUUAUUAAAUCUAUUGGUGAAGAUGCAGCUAACUCCAGCAAAGGAAUGCUCGAGUCGAUAUUGCAAAAUAUUGUCGAUUUUGGAUUGAAGGAUAUCAGUGAAAUCAUUUUGAUUGCCAACUUGAUGAUCCAGAAUAUUUUGAAAAUAUCCAAAUAUGCGAUUUUCGCCGAUCCUGCGGUGUUUGACAAUUUCAUGACCAGAAGCAAUAAGUUAUUGAACAAGAAGUUGAAUGACAAGUCUACCAAGCAGCAAGUGGAAGAACAAAAGGAAAGCGUGAAAUAUAUGAGCAAGACCAUCAAGCAAUUGGACUCGAUUAUUGAACAUGCUGAUUCUGAUGAGGUGAGUGGCACAUUGGUCGGUAAGUGGAGGGAAUUUGAACGGGACAAUGUUCAAGCGUUCCAAGUUUAA